GGCAGGAGGCAGUCGCGUUUGCCCUUCCCUGUGACGUAACCGCGUAGGGAGGUCAGGUGGGCCGAGGCCGCCUCUGAUUGGUGGCGCCGGAGAGGCGCCGCUAGUCUUUCGGUUGCUGGGCUGUGGUUGGCAUAAUGUAGGGGAAGCCAGCGUCGGUUUCGGGACGGAGGCGUCUUCCCUCGAGCGGCUUGAGCUGGCACCGCCCGCGCGUUUCGCACCGCCGGCAUGAGAAAGCGGAACGAGUCCGUCACCUUGGAGCAUGAGCGCUUCGCCUCCUCCGCUCCGGCAGCGGCUGCCGCGUCUUCCUCCUCCUGCUCCUCCCAGCAGCCGGAUAAGGGCUUCAGCUUGAGACCGAGCCUGCGCCUGCCUGGUAGCUCCCGGCCCGCCGCCGACUCUGGCAUGAAGCGAACGCUCGGCAGGUGAGGCGACCCCCCCCCCGCCGGCCCCCGUCGCUAUGGCAACCCUUCCAUCUUCUCUUCAACCGCCAGCCCGGCCUCGGCCUUCCCCGUUUCCAUGGCAACGGGCGGCCCGCUCGACGUCGCCGAGCCUUCCGACCCUUUCAACCGCCGCCUCUUCUCUCCCUCCCCCCAAGAAAAACCCUCACACGGGGGCCUGGCAUUACUAUGGCAACCCUCCUGAGCCCCGCCGCCAGCCGCCAUAGCCCCGAGCGAUUCAUACUGGAAUGCCCUUGGCUGUUUUCUUCUCCGUCCGCCUUUUUGUUCUAGGUUACGGGAGUGGGGGGGGGGGAGGUGGCGAAGGCGGCCCUUGCGACGGAAUGAGCCCCUGCCUGAAGGGGCUGUCUGGUUUGCUAGUGAAAGGGUCGGAGGCCUUCGCUGCUGGGUGUUCCCUCCCCUAUUGCUGCAAUGGGUUCACCGAGUGCGGCUGCAGGCCAAGAAGAGCAGGGUGUGUUAGAGCCGGACGGCGAUUCAGGUUUGCGGAGGAUGGAUGUUUUCGUGGGGUGGUGGGGUUCGAUAUGGCUUUGAAAAAGACAGCUUGGAGAUGUUUUAGUCGACCUCGAAUGGUGUUUGUCUUUAGCUAUAAGCAUUUUGCUUUGCUGCAAAAUGGGUUAUCGGUUACAAACCUUUUAUGAAUGAACUACUGUAUCUUCACACCCCCCCCGAAAAAUAUUGAAAACUAUGUGCCCUUGACCCAAUGGUAGGAUAGAGGGAGGUUUUCCUUUCUCCCUCCCCCUCCUCCUUGCAUCCUGACUCAGCUUGUCAACAACACAUAUUUUAAAACGCACACAAUCAUUUUUCUUUUCCCGUUCCGUAUUUUAAAUUGCAAAGUGUUAGAGAAUAGUAAAUGAUGGGGGUGAGGGUGGUCAGAGACUGAUGAAUGAGUGGAGUACCAGUCAGCUAGCAGCAGAGGAAGAGAUUAAAUGAGAAAAUGCUUGCCUGUUAUACUGCUGGAAAGGGACUUUGCCUUUGUACACAUUAACAGUUUAAAAGACAAUACAGUGGUACCUCGGGUUACAUACGCUUCAGGUUACAGGCACUUCAGGUUACAGACUCCACUGACCCAGAAAUAUCACCUCAGGUUAAGAACUUUGCUUCAGGAUGAGAACAGAAAUUGUGCUCUGGCGAUGCGGCAGCAGCGGGAGGCCCCAUUAGCUAAAGUGGUGCUUCAGGUUAAGAACAGUUUCAGGUUAAGAAUGGCCCUCCAGAACAAAUUAAGUUCUUAACCCGAGGUACCACUGUUUAUAUAAUCUGUGCGUCUCCUCUUUGUCACCUUUAUUAAAGGGGUGGAGGUGCUGGAGGUCAGCACACUAUGAGACCUUCAUAUUAAUCCCAUGCAUGUUUAUUUGGUAGAAAGUCUUAUUGUGGUUAGGAGGGACAAGGGACUAGGGCUUGCCAAUCAGACAAGUGUUAGUAGAUAAAUAGGUACCGCUCCUGCUGGAAGGUAAACUGCAUUUCCGUUCGCUGCUCUGGUUCUCCAUAAGCGGCUUAGUCAUGCUGGCCACAUGACCCGGAAGCUGUACGCCGGCUCCCUCGGCCAAUAAAGCGAGAUGAGCGCUGCAAUCCCAGAGACGUCCACGACUGGACCUAAUGAUCAGGGGUCCCUUUACCUUUACCUUAUUGUGGUUGCUGGGACUUGCUGCAAGUAAUUAGGCAUGGUGAAUUCACAGCUGUGAUCACUGACCUUCCAAGCCUUCAAAUCUCAAGUAACCAUUAAUCAAUAAUCUCUGACGGUAGAUUUAAAGUAGAAAAGAUUAAUUAAAUCUCAAAUAAAUAUAAAAUGUAAGGUGUCCUCUGAGCAUGCCCUAUUUUAGUUUCAGUCCUCAGCGGAAUCUCUGGCGCCACCAGAGUGCACAUUAGUUUGAAGAUGUUGCCUCACAAACCCCAUGCAUGGGAGUAGUUGUAGUUAAAUAAUAAUAUAGCUGUCUCCACAAUCCUGUUUAUUCUGCAUCCCACACACUCCCACUGCUGUUUGGGAAGCGGUGUACACACAUUAGCCACAAUCCACAUCUAUUCUGUUGUUUCUUAUGUAAAACUAUGUUUUGAGUUAUUUCCCCCCCAAACCAGCUUUGAUCUGGAUUGAGAAAAAUAAUGAUCUAGCUAUGUUUUAUGUUGCUAAUGUGUACAAAGCCAAAGCCCCUGUUCAGCAUCAUAUUAGCAAAUGUUUUCUCAUUUCAUCUUUUCCUCUGCAGCUAGCUGACUAGUCCUCUCUACACUGUCAUCAGUUUUUGACCACCUCUUCCCUGCAAUUUAUACACACUGCAAUUUAUAAGUGCUCUAGAACUUGGUGGUGAUUAUCUUUGUUUUUAAUUCUCACAGCAACCUGUGAACAAGGUUAGUCUAAGGAUUGGUCAGGCCAUGUAGCAAACUUCAGAGUUUAGCAAGGAAUGAGCCUGGGUGCCUGCAUGUCAGAUCCAUCACUUCAUCACACUUGAUCUCUAUCAAAUAAAUGUGUGUGGGGAAAUCCAAGAAUUUCUCUCACAAAGAUCACUUCUCAACAAAUGAAAUUAUCACUCAAUAAGCACUUGAAGAACAUAGGGUGCAAUCCACUGCAUGUUUACUUGGAAGUAAGCAGCACUGAGUUCAACAGAACCUACUUCUCAGUCACAUAGGAUUAUAAACUUCAUACAUGUACAAAAGAGUCAUAAUCUGUAGAGGAGUCGUUUUUCUGGGAUCCACCAGUGGCAGGUGCACAAUAUGUGGUGAUGCACAGAAGGGCCUAAUCUGUUGGUACCCUGAUUGUGGAGUGUCUUUCCAGUGAAAUAAUUCCUGGUGCCAACACAUUUAGCAUUUUUCUACCUACUAAAGAGUCUCGUGUUUGCAUUUGUAGGUCAUUAGAGUGUGUGUUGGAUGGACAGGUUAAGCUUUAAUUUUGUAUUUUUAGCAUUUCUUGUGGUUGUGUUGAUUUGUAGUUUUUAUUAUUUUAAAUUGGUCUUGUGAAUGUUCUUACCCUUUCAUCAUUUUUGAUGAAGCAUGGGGUUAAAAGUGCCUUUAAUAACUGACAAUUUCAGAGCUGUUUCAGGACAAUUCUCUCAGGCUUCUUUUACGUUUAUCAAGUUGUCCUAAGGUUUCUUUGCUUCUGGUAUGAAUGUAAUUCAUUAUGCUGUUGUAAAUUUUCUGUUUCAAUUCCUCUUUGAGUUCAGGCAUUGUUAACAAUGAGUACUUAAAGCAGAAACACCAUAAAUAUUUCAUUUAUUUAAAAUAUUUAUAAUAUUACCUUUGCUAAAUAAAAACAAGAUUUAAAUAUUCCCUCAAAGUUUUCCCUUUCUGGAUUUUUAAUUUUGAGACCAGUUUAUUUCAACUUGAUUUUGAAAUUGUUUGGUGAACCUUUCCUGCUUCUAUAAAUUGGUGCACAGGCUUAUGUGUAAUCCUGAAAAGUGAAUAUAGUUUUGCCUCACUUAGUCCAUGGAAGACAUCUUGGAGCUUUCCCUGUGCAAUAAGAUAGUAUUCUUUAAAAUGAGUGGAGGUUCAACCAUUUUUAAAAUCUAGAUAUAUAUAAAUUGCUUUAUCAGAGCCAAUCCAUUAGUCCACCAAUGUCUACUCUUAAAAGCAGUGUCAGAAUUCUCUUUCAGAGAUGCUUUCUGUGGAACUUUAACAGGAAAUGGAAUCUGGGCUUUAAAAUGUUUGUGAAGCAUUUACUGAUUCGGUAAAUCAGUAAAGUCUUGGGAGAGUUUUCUACUGGAGAUGUAAAUUGUUUUGGUUAUUUUACAUUCCCUUUGUACCACUGAGCUUUCUAUACCUUAUUUGCCAAUCAGCCUUGUUAAACUAUCUUACUGUACUUUUGAGUCUCAUUAUCUCAGUCUGACACUGAUCAGAGUUUGGCAUCAGUAUAAAUAAUGGGGUGGUUUGGAUGUAAUGCUAAACCAUAGUUUAGUGUUACGAGAAAAAGCCACAAAGAGCCUUAGACUUGUUUGCUCUUUCCUCUUCCUCUGGUGUAUCUAUGAGGAUGACAUCCUACAACCUCUGUGUUAUUUGAACCCGAAUAAACUGGUUCAAAAAGCUAGCGCCAAACUGUAAUUUAUGAAGCUUGCAUAUUUCAACCUGCCAUAGUUAAAAUUAGCCACCAUUUAGGGUUUGGGCAACACACUGAACUGCUGGCUAAUCUAAAAAGGAAGCAGAAGCUUCUGAUCUUGAAACCAUACUGGAGGAGGAGAAGAGAGUACUGUCCCAAGACUCAUUGAAGCUUGUUCUCUGAACACAAAACCAUUAUUUAGUUUUGUGUAGACAUAGCCAUCAAGUAGCUUGAAUUGUCUCUGUACUUAGCCUUCUAUAGCUUACUUGUGUGUACUUUUUCAUUGUCUGACAGUGAAGUACAGAGGGCAUUAAAAAAAAGACAUAUGUGAUCUUUUUCAUGCAAUCUGUAGUGGAAAACUUUCUUAAGAAGUCCAGUACUCAUAUCAUAGCUGAACCUGCUGCUGGAAAAACAAAUGUAUAAACAAAUGCAUACGUAGUGUUAGGAUUACUGAAUGAAUGACUUUGAAAUCAACCACAGUAAUGAUCUGGCACAGUAUUUGAAACUUGAUUUUUACAAGAUAUAAAAGUCCUUCAGUAUGCUGCUGCUGUUUGCCCUCAAGCCUUUCCACCUCCUCUUCGUAGGCUACUUGUUAACUGCAUAUUUUUCUAAGAAACUUGGGCUUUCCUGUGCUUCUGUGAGGACUAUUUCUCUGUGCCCCCCCGCUUGCUGUAAUGUAGGAGAGGAGGAAAAUAUGUUUGGUACUGAGGACCAUAUCUGGAAUAAUAUACUAUGUAAGGCACAGCUUUGUAUGCAUUACUUGUAGCUAACUUCUGCAAUUUACAAAAAUCUUAUCAACUUGAUGAUGACAAACUACAAUUGGCAGAGGUGUUGCUUCUUAUAAUAUUUUAUUUAGAUAUUUUCCUUAUAUGAGAAACUUGAGCCAGCCUUUUGAAAAAUCAGCAGGCUCUUAAAUCAUUAGCUACAAAAACCAUGGACUUUUAAUCAUUCCAGUUGCCUUCAUAUCCUUUAGUAUGUUUUUCUGUCACAUUUUUAAUUUCCCAGUCAUGAAGACUGAAUUCUUACUAUGAAAUCAGUAAAUUACAUUCUACAAGGGCCUUUGUAUCAUGUAGAUGCAUCAGUUAUGUAUGUAGCUUGUUUUUGGUAAUGUCUUUUGUUUACUUUGUCCUCCAAAAAUAUACUGUUAACGUGUUCAUGUAGCUGGCAAUACAGCUUGAUCAGCUUUAUAGUUCAGAGUGAAAUAAAGGAAGCAAAUUUGAUAUGCUUGAGAUGAGGUUACAGUAAGCCCUAUUUAUUUUAUUACUUUAGGGGGUCAAAAUAAAACUUGUUUCUAUGAUAUAGAUGGAGUUUUUUCCCCCAACUGACACUGUGAGGGUGUGUAUAUAUCUGUUUUUCAAUACUUCUUUGUUUCUAUGUAUUGGCAGGCUUUGUUAUAGCGUUUUGUAUUCUGAGUGUUCCUUUUUUUACUACGUUUCUUGACCACACAUGAACAUGUUGUGUACUGUGUCUGGAAGUGGGUUUUUUUCCUCCAAAAUCUCUGUGUUACUUAUAGGACGUUAUCAUCAUCAUCCUAAAAAAAUCAAGCUUUUAAAUGAUAUUGUUGCAGUUAAGAUACUGAUUGCCAAGGGAACUUCAUGAGCAUUCCUAGCUAGGCAAAUGAGAGGGCCAUCGCGCUCCUAUCCUCUGCAAUCCAAACUUAAUCUCCUACUUUCUAAAAUGGUUCAGUCUGUCUUAGUCAUAAAUUCUUUCAAAUCCUUCUUUGAAAUUUACCUUUAUCUGCAAAGCCUUUUCAUAACCCUUAUUUCUCUCCCCCCCCCCAAUGAAACCCAAGUAUGUCUAACUUCAUCUACAUCUAUUUAUGUUUUACUACCCUGGCCUCUCAUUCUCCUCUCUUUGUUUUUCUCUUGGGAGUUCCCUGAGAGGCCCUACUUUUUGCUUAUGUUGUUCUGUAAAUUGUCGUCUGUAGCAAUAACACUAAUGUUUUUGUUUACAUGCAGUUAAGAAAUGCCCAAACGUUACUUUGUUUUAUUAUUUCUACAUGGUUUACAUGCAAUUAAGAAAAUCUAGAUGCUAAGUCUUCAUUUUGCACUGUUUUGACUUGUGGACACACAAAGACGAGACAACAAAGUCCUUUGGCUGCUGAAGAUGAGCCAAAAGGAAAAAUAAAUCUUAAACUAUUCCCUACAGUCUCUGUUUCUCCAUCCCCAAAGUGUCAUAGUUGCUACCACCAUUGGGAGUAAUUAUUCAGUGUUUGUGCAAAGGGCUUUAAAUAGCUAAAGCAAUUGUUGUUUGGAACAGAGACAAUAGGUGUCUUGCAGGGCAGCAUGCUUUGCAUGCAGGAGUUCGCAGGUUCAAUCCCUAGUAUCAAGGCUGAUGGAAACACUUAUCUGAGACCCCAGAGAGCCACUUCCAGUUAGGCAGAUGAUACUGAGCUAAUCAUCAGUAACAGAUGCACAAAAGCACAGGGGAGCCCAAUUCCUCCUUCACUUAUGAUCUUUUAGCAGCAAAAGUGGGCCAACUUCAUUCUCCAAAGGGAUCUUUGGGGUCGGAAAUUGGAUUUUAAGGGUGCAUACCCUGUUUGGGCCAGAAAGUGGUAAUGGGGGAGUCAGCUGUUCUUCAUCAAAGCCCACUUUGGCAUCUCAGAUGCAUUUUGGUAAUGCGUAAAGGUAAAGAGACCCCUGACCAUUAGAUCCAGCCACGGAUGACUCUGGGGUUGCGGUGCUCAUCUCGCUUUAUUGGCCGAGGGAGCCAGCGUACAGCUUUCAGGUCAUGUGGCCAGCAUGACUAUGCCGCUUCUGGCGAACCAGAACAGCGCACGAAAACACCAUUUACCUUCCCGCAGGAGUGGUACCUAUUUAUCUACUUGCACUUUGACGUGCUAGGUUGGCAGGAGCUGGGACCGAGCAACAGGAGCUCACCCCAUGGGUCCCCCCCCAAUUGCUUGGAGCCAAUUCUUAGGUUCCUCUGGGGCCAAAGCUUAGGCAGAGAACUGUUAAAAUGGCUGUCACCCUUUCUCUUUUAGGUCAUACUGACUAAUAUAGGUGUUUGUGGACUAGUAUGUGUUACAGGCUGGUUUGCCCUAAAGGGGUCCUUUAGGUCUUACGUUCUCUAUGGUUUUGGCAGAUUGGCAUGCCUGACUGCUGAUCUAUAAGAGAUGGCUUAUCUGUCUGGCACAAGACCAAGGUUUAGGUCUGAGUCAUAAGGCAAAAGGUUGAUUAUUAGCUAUGAAAUAAGAUUCAAAUCAUAAUUGGGAGUGGGUGUUAAAUACUAGAAGGUAAUGAUAGUUGAUGAAGCUGUAGGAUGAGUCAGUCUAAGUCUAGGACUCAGUAACCUGGAAACUGGGGUCAGAGGGAGGUGUACAACAGACAGUCUGGUUCAUCUCGGGCUAGAGUCCAAUGACAAAUAGAAAUUAAUAUGAAUACACAACCAGGCCCUUUUAUAUAAUUGCCUAUGGAGCUCUGGUUCUUGUCUCACCUCUUUAUUACUUCAUGGAGCCAGUGGAAGAUUGUGAGAGAUCAGGGUGAUGGUGAUGGCUGGCUUAGGUUAGGCAGUUCUCAUCUCAGUAGUGAGAAAUCUUUUUGCCACCAUUUGGGUUGUGCCCUCAGAAAAGAAACAAAUAAUAAUUGAAUAGGAAUAGUGUAUGUUUGUGUGUGUAGUUGUGAUGCUGCAGAGCAUGUGCUUAACACGCUAUUUAAAAUUCUGCCUGAUCUGAAUAUAUACAUAUAAAGUUGAUUUAUACUGACUUCCAUUCCGUAACACUAUGUAUUUAUUCUCUCUGGCAGCAGUUCUCGCAAUAUGGAAACAUUUAACUGGAAAAGCAAGUGAGAGUCUGUAUACAAAGGAGUUUGCUCUGCACUGCUGAGCUAUGACUUUAAGCAUAGUUUAAGGGUAAAAUGCUGUGUUGUAAGCUAAUAGUAUGAACUCCUGGUUUAUUCAGAAUCUGUAUACUGUAUUUACUUUGUUAUUAACAAUGCCUAAUAGAUUUGACAUUCAGUAGUCUCUUAGGACGAGUAAUUCACCUGUGUUUGUGUGCGAGAGAGAAUCUUCAUUAUAUGAAUUAAUUGCUCUAAAAUGUACAGCAGGUGUGGUGGGGGACCAAUGUAUUUCCUCAGUUAUGGACUACAUGAGAGUCAAUAAACUGAAACUCAAUUCAGCUAAGACUGAGACACUGUUAGUGGGUGGUUUCCGAGACUGGGUGGAUGGGAGGUAGAUUCAUGGUACCAUAGAUCUGUAGAGUUGGAAUGGUCCCUGAGGGUCAUCUAGUUCAACCCCCCUACCAUGCAGGAAUCUCAACUAAAGCAUCCAUGACAGAUGGCCAUCCAGCUUCUGCUUAAAAACCUCCAAGGAAGGAUAGACUACAACUUCCUGAGGGAGUCCGUUUCAUUGUUAAACAGCUCUUACGGUCAGAAAGUUCUUCCUGAUGUUUAGUCAGUAUCUCCUUUCUUGUAAACUUGAAGCCAUUGGUUUGGGUCCUACCCUCCAGUUCCCUGUUCUUGAUGGGGUUACAGUCGUUCUGAAAGAGCAGAUACAUAGCUUAGAGGUACUCCUGGAGCCAUCCCUGUUGCUUGAGGCUCAGGUGCUCUCUGUGCCUUGGUGUUCCUUUCAUCAGUUUUACCUGGUGGUCCAGCUACAUCCCUAUCUGGACAGGGAUAGCCUGACUUCUGUUUAUGCUCUGGUAACCUUUAGGUCGGAUUACUGCAAUAACUUACCGUAUUUUUCGUUCUAUAGGGCGCACCGGCCCAUAGGACGCACCUCGUUUUUUUUGGGGGGGGAAAUGAAUAAAAAAAAUUAUUCCCCCCCCCCCGCCACGGCUGCCGCCCCAAGCCUCGCGCGCUCAGCGGGACCUCCUGCCGGUCGCGCAAGGCUUGCAGACACUCGCCCGAAGCACGGGGAGCCCUCCGGAGGGCUCCCGUGCUUCGGGCGACAGGCUGCCGCCCGAAGCCCCUCGCGCUUGGCGGGACCUCCUGCCGGUCGCGCAAGGCUUGCAGACACUCGCCCGAAGCACAGGGAGCCCUCCGGAGGGCUCCCCGUGCUUCGGGCGACAGGCUGCCGCCCGAAGCCUCUCGCGCUCGGCGGGACCUCCUGCCGGUCGCGCAAGGCUUGCAGACACUCCCCCGAAGCACGGGGAGCCCUCCAGAAGGCUCCCCGUGCUUCGGGCGACAAGCUGCUGCCCCAAGCCUCGCGCGCUCGGCGGGACCUCCUGCCGGGCGCGCAAGUCUUGCGGACACUCGCCGGGGCUGCAGGCUGCUGCCUGCAAGCCUUGUGAGCCCGCGGGAACUCCCACCGGGCUUGCAAGGCUUGCGGAUAGUUUCCUGAAGCCUGGAGAGCGAGAGGGGUCGGUGCGCACCGAUGCCUCUCGCUCUCCAGGCUUCAGCGAAGCUGCAUUCGCUCCAUAGGACGCACACACAUUUCCCCUUCAUUUUUGGAGGGGAAAAAGUGCGUCCUAUGGAGCGAAAAAUACGGUACAUAAGGUGAUGCCUUUGAACGCGAUUUGCAAACUGCAGUUGGUGCAGAAUUUGGUGGGCAGGUUGCUCACCAGGGCAAGAUGGUCAGAGCACAUAACACCAAUCCUAGCCUGACUACAUUGGCUACCGAUUAGUUUCUGGGCCCAAUUUAAUGUGCUGAUUUUGACCUAUAAAGCCUCAUGUGGUUCAGGACCCCAAUAUCUCAAAGACUGCCUUUCCCCAUAUGAACUGACCCAGGCCUUGCAGUCAUCAUCUGAGGUCCUUCUUUGUGUGCCCCUUUGAGAGGUUUGGAGGGUGGCAACACAAGAAAAUGCCUUUUCUGUGGUGGUUCCUCUCUUGUACAAUGCUUUCUCAAAGGAGGCUUACCUGGCACCAUCAUGACAUAGCUUUAGGCAUCAGGAAAAAGCAUUUAUUUUUAUCCAGUGCCUUGGCUCUUAAUUAUCUGUAGCAUCCUUGUGUGGGUGGGAUGUUUUAAUACUGUCUUUUAAAAAUAGGAUUAUCUUUUAGAUUUUUCUUUGGGUUUUUUUUUAUGCUGGUGUUAAUGUAUGUGUGUGUUAUGUAUUGUAAGUUACUUUGAGUUACCUUAGUAAAAAGGUGACCAAUAAAUAUAGCUUAUAGAGACUAAAGGUAACGGAGUCAUAAGAUGUAAUUGCAGAAUAACCCCAAAUCCUGCUAAGUCAGUAUUUUUUACAACCGGCAGGCUGCAACAAUAAGGGAAGUAUAGCAUGUGCAUUAUAGAUUGCAUUCUUGGUGGACACAUUAACUUUUACAAUAGGUUGAAAAAUAUUUCAAAGAUUGAAUUACUGAGAAGCCUUUUUGCCCCUAUUUCCACAUUUUUGCACUAAAUUGAAAGUUAUCUUUAUCUUGAGCCUCUAUCACAGAAGCAGCUUGUAAAUGAAAACCUAUUUCUAGCUGGUUUUGUACUGAAGCAGAAAUGUCUGCAAAUACUUAAUAGAAGCAUGAGCCCUUAUCUGCAAACUGCUUGAGCAACAAAGCUGCGCUGGUAGUCAUAUGACUGUGACUGGUUUCUCUUCCUGUUUUUCCCCAUUCUCCUCCUUUGUGAAUUAUUCCAAUUGUUACAUAGAAUGCAAUUGUUUAAAAAAAAAACAAGCUAACUUUUCAGUAAGUGAAUUUGUCUCAUGACUGUGCUCUUAAUAAUUUAGCUUGGGCAAAUCUAAAAUAAGCCAGUUUUUAAAACUUUUUCCAACUGUUGCACAAUCAGAAAAGGAACUGUUUGCUCUAUUGCAGUACUUUUCUCCAGGGGAAAAUUGAUUAAGAUCUGAUGCCCUCUUCUGUUUAAAAAGAAGUUCUAUGAAAGAGACUUCAGUCAUACUCCCUGUUCAUGCCAGUAGUAAUAAUAAUAAUAAUAAAUAAUAAUAAAAACCCAGCAACAUCAUAGUAGUGGUUCUGGUUAUUGAUGAACAAUGAUACUGAAUCUGUCCUGGAUCCAUUUUUAAACAGGUACUGCCCUGAUAAUUUGGUAAAUAUGUUGCAUUAAUGGUUACUGCUUGCAAUAGUUAGAUGAGGCAGCCCAGAAAAAGGUUUCUGUGGGUGAAGGGAAGAAGCAGCUGCCAGAGCAUUUGCUUACUCAUGAGUAGUCCAACCUGCAAUUAAAGUAAAUGGACUGCAGCUGGGGAAGGUGUGGGUUUUAUAAACGAAUUUUGGAAGGGGGAGAGGAAGAGAAGCCUGGAAGGUUGUUUUUUAAGAAAGCAGAAGUCUGGUGAGGAAGGUAAUCCAAAUCUUUAGGAAUACAGUACAUGAACUGGUGGGGAGGGUUACAUUGUGCUGUCUUCCAUUCUCUCCUUUCAUGAUGAGUCUAGGUGCCUCUAUCUGCUAAUAAGAUAAGUUACCCAGUGGUGGUCUCCUUGAAAAUCAGAAGCUGUCAGAUCCUGUCUCUCAGGGGAUUGUGCCCCUGAAAGUGUGUCUGCUUCGCUAUAACCUUUCUUUGGAGGAGCUAAAAAUUCCAUGUUUAAGAUGAUAUUAUUGUAAGUUUUAGGAAUUACUGUUUAUAAAUACAGUUUGAAUGCUUUUGAAACUGUUCAACAAAGGGUAUAAUAUUUGAACUAUAUCUUCCUUUUCCUUCAAGGAGUUGAAGGUGAUGUACAUAGUUCUCCCACACCCACCAAUUCAUUGUGCUAGCAACCCAGCUGAUGAGUUGGGGGGUUAAAUCCCUCUGCUUUGGCUGUGUGCCCCUGCUCCUUCCUGGAAACAGGCACAUGCAGGCCAGUGCAAAAUUUAACCCCACCCACAAGGUUUUGUCUGAGAAAUGGGCCUUUUGGGGUCCCAUGACAGUUGCUUGGAUAUCCAAAUGGGCGCCUGGACCCCCAAAAAAGUUGGGAACCCCUGUGCUAUUCUAUAGAGGAAUUGUCCCAUGUAAAACAAACACAAAACACAAAAAUCCACACCCCAAAACCCAUUACCUUCCCAGUCAUUCAUGAUUGCAUGUUUAUAUUCUAAUGACUCCUACUGUAAUUUAUUGUUCUGUUUCCAAAACACAGUGCCAAAUUGGAAUGGUCUCAUAUAGGAUAAACUUGCCAUACAACCCAAGUAUCAAGAAUCUAGGUUUUCAUCUGGUGCUAUGACACCAGGGAUCAGAUAGGCAACUUCAUAUACAAACCACAAUGAGUGGAACGUACUAAACCACCCAAGUCAUGCAGGUAGCAGUUGGACUUAGUAAAAUGCUAGUUCCUUAAAUGCUUGGUUCCACAAGAAUCUCUAGAGUUAAUGAGCUGUGUGGUAUCUGCUAGGGAUCAGUUCACCAUUUAACAAGAGUUUUUGUCAGGUUUGCCCAUCCUUGCAGGUGAGCAAAACUGGUCAGUCCUGUCAUUUAUUAUAGGCUUGAUGGUUCUUGAGCUCCUCCACAUGCUUGCCAUAGGUUAGAAGUAGAAUCAGAAUGUGUGGUGCAUGUAAGGCACUCAUGGGCAACCUCGGCUCUGGGGGCCACCUGUAACCUGCCAAGCCUCUCUGUCUGAUUCUUGGGACUUGGCCCUCACCAGCCCUGCUUUGCCACCCUCCUUGAAUGGCUGGAAUAUGUCCUUGAACUAGGACAAUGCUUGUGAUUGCCUGGAUGGACAAUAGAAAAGGGUGUGUGCAGAAAUGAGCUUACUGUACAAAGAUAAAUUUACAUUGGUUGCUCUGGCCGCACCUAGCAUUGGCAUGUCAUCUCCUGACAAUUGCCUGGAAGAUAAUGCAGCUCUCGGCUGAAAAAAGAUUCCCCACCUGUGAUAUAAGGGGGACAAGCAUACCUGUAUUAGAGGAUAUCAAAUGGGUUUAAGACUGCUUUUUAGCAACAAACCUGCACUUCAGUUCUGAUGAUGCUUUUCUGUGUAUUUUCUACCUGCCUGAACAUUCCCCUUUCUGAUAUUUUACAAAAUACUAAAAUACUUGUGUUACUGUUACAUGUUCUCCGGCAGAAAAACAUGGCACAGAUGUUGCAGGUCUGCAGCAGCUUCCUCACCCUCCAUGUCUCUUAGUCCUAGGCACACUGAGACACAGUACUCUGGGCCUCUCCCUUAAACACCUUCAGAUGCCUCUGGCUGCGAGGUCUGUUUGCAAGCUCACAGAAGCUUCAAUGAACUAAGUUAGACUGCAGCCACCAUAUAGAAAGAAGCCCCCCCCCCCACUUGCUGGUUAAAGUCUUGGGAUGACUCUGAAGAUCCAUGACUUCUUAGAUCUAUCUGUGUUUUGGCAGUCAACUCCUCUAUGGGAAAAUGUGGACUAAGCCUCUUGUCCAUGGCUUUCUUUUCCUGAAGCUAAAGAACUAUGCAACUAGUUUGGGAUGCAUAAGAGGGCCUUGGGCAUAUAUUUCUCAUGUAGCCACCAUCCUGCAAUAAAAUUCGCCCUUGAAGCUGCGAGGAGUUUCCAGAAAUGUUUGUGAUAUUGCAUGAUGUCUUACCCUUCAAAGGAGAAAAGUUUUAAAAAUAAUUCCAGUAGGCAUACUCUUGUACAUUCGCCUGUGUAUUGCAUUUAUUGGUGCCUGUUGACAUUUCUAUUGUUAUCCUCCUUAGCUUAUGCUAGUUUAUUCCUAUCUGUAUUAGUAGUGGUGAUAAUAAAAACCACACGCAGCUUCAAAUUCACUUGUUAAGAAAUACCAAAUUAACUUUCUUUAGCGUGCCCAAACCUGGAUAUUCCAGUUUAUGAAUUAAGUUCAAAUUCUAAUACACCAGGAAACUAGCAACUUAGAUUGUGCGAGGAAAUUCCCAUAUAUCCUUAGGUCUUUGUUCCAGACUUCUAUCUCUUUUUGUAAUUGUAAUAACAGGGUGUUUUUGCUUUUCUAGUUCUGUGCGUAAAGCUGGAUGAUGCUGAAAUUAUGCUAAGAAUAGUUCAAAGUAAGACAGAACAGUUUCCCAAAUGUAAUUAGACUGACACUUAUGAGUAAGCUCCAUUUGUAGACAGUUGGCAAGCAGCUCAGAUAUAUCUGUUUCCCCCCAAUGCAUCUUUGUGUGUAACAGUACCAGGGCAAAUCAUGACACUGACAGAUCAGGAAAUCUCUCUCGCUUCCCCCCUACAUUUUAAAGAGACGCCUCACUUCAUCUCUUAUUACUCUUGCCUUCUGCAUCCUCCUGUCAGCGUAAUUUUUAAGCUUCCUGAUCAAGAACUCUCUGUGCAACUCUUUUCAAGGGGCCCACGUAAAGUGAUGGCAGUGUAUAAAUAAUAGAAGUAUUCUCAACGCUGGAACUGUCUAUGCUGUGCUUAGAAAAAUGGGAAGCUAUUACAGUGGUGCCCCGCAAGACGAAUGCCUCGCAAGACGGAAAACUCGCUAGACGAAAGAGUUUUCCGUUUUGGAGGUGCCUCGCAAAACGAAUCUGCUAUGGGCUUGCUUCGCAAGACGAAAAUGUCUUGCGAGUUCCUGGGUUUUUUUUUUCCUUUUCCCCCUCUUUUCUAAGUCGCUAAGCCGCUUAUCUGCUUAUCCGAUAAGCUGAUAAGCUGCUAAAAGCCGCUAAAAGCCGCUAAUAGCGCUAAUCCGCUAAUCCCGUCAAUGGGCUUGCUUCGCAAGACAAAAAAACCGCUAGACGAAGAGACUCCCAGAACGGAUUCUUUUCGUCUUGCGAGGCACCACUGUAAUGUUAACAAUACAUGUUUUAAAACAGAUGACUGUAGCUAUGUAUUUGAGCAUGGAAGUAGCCUGAAUAUAGUAGUACCCACUAUAUUCCUGGCAGAGUAGAUCUUGCUUCACAAGUGUCUUGAAUGUAGUGUGAAAUUAUAUUUUCCCCUCCUCUUUUACAGGAGACAUGGAAUGUGGUUUCGAUUGCGGAAGGUAGUAAUCUGGUUGUUGGGAGUGUACAUAGCCAUUCCAUUUCUAGUAAAACUUUGUCCCGCUAUUCAGGCAAAGCUUGUCUUCCUAAAUUUUGGUAAGAAUCCUGCUUUUCUCUCUCUCCCACCCUCUCUCUGUGUGUCUUAAAACCAUGUGGACAUUUUAAUAUACAAGUUCCUAGUUUUUUAUACAAAAGACACCAUCUAGGCUCUAGCAUUUCCAACUUGUAUGCAUGAUAGCUCUCCUAUCAUAUGCAUAUGAGAAUAAAAAAUUAGGAUCUGCAAUCAUUUUGCAUAGCCACAUGCAACUUUCUCUCGAUUGCUGUUCCCAGCAGUAAAAUCCAGUGUCAGAUUUUAUAUAAUGAUAGAAAGAAAGAGAAAGAAAGAAAAGAAUACCAAGAUCUAUGUUUGUUAGCAUCUGCCUGUAUUUCAUUACUUGCUCAUGAAGUGCUGAUAGAGGAAAAGCUUGAUGCUGCCUGGAAAUUUUGUUUGUUUGUUAGCAUCUGCAGUGAAUGUUCUAGUACCAGUUAGUGUAAAAGCAAUUGUUCCCUGCCUGCUCUCUUUAGUGACAUCUUCCAUGUUGUGCUUGGUAUGAUCAUAUUCUAAAAUCUGUGCCUGCCUGAUAGUAGAAAGUUCACUGUCAAUUUUCUCAAAUGUUUUGUAUACGGUAUGGGAAAACUGUCACUUAGUGGCACUGUCUUUCAAACUGUCCUCCAUUCUGCCCUUCAAAUUUAGGUCUCCAGGAUUUUUGAAAUAAUAUUUUUAAAUUAUCUGUUCUGAUUCUUGGAGAUAGGGCAGCCACUUUGGUAUCUGUUUUGACAAUAAACCAUUACAGUUAAUAAAUACACUUCUUUCAUGAAAUUUGAAAAUGCCAUUGCCAAUGCAUUUUAAUUUUAGUGCAAUAACCAUUAUGAGGUUCUGUAUUAAAAUUAUUUUUUGGUGAAGGGUGUUUGGUCUCAAGCAGUAGGUAAACGGAAUGUAAAACUGAUAUUUAUUUUCUUUCUCAGUGAGAGUACCCUACUUCAUUGACUUGAAAAAGCCUCAGGACCAAGGUCUGAACCACACCUGUAACUACUACCUACAACCAGAAGAAGAUGUGACAAUUGGAGUCUGGUAAGGAAAGCUUUGCCACUCCCAUUAUCCACUGGAGUCUGUUUUAGCCUAUGUAAAGAGGCUGUGCUUUUGAUCCCUUUGUUGAGAGAGCUUUCAGUAACACCAUGCAAACUCCUGCAAUUGUUGCUUUUUCUGUGUGUGGGAGUGUAUAAUUUGCUGCUGGGAAUGCAGUGUUUUCUUUUGAAAGAUACACUGUUCUCUGGGCUGCAGCUAAACUAAAUUGAGCAAUUAGACCAAAAUGCAAUGAAGACUGGUGAUACAAAGCUGAAAGUUUAGUUCUGUAAUGUUGAAGGUCAUGCUUUAGAGAAGACCUAAGAAAGUGAAUCAACAUGAUGUGGGAUUGCUCCAAGGCACAAAUUAAAAAGGUGAAAAGGUGAUUGCCUUGCAGUGGCUUGGCUCUGUUAAUUUGUAAUAGUGCCUGUGUUGGCUCCUAGACCUAGAGCAACUUAGUUCAUUGAUUUUGUGUUGACAAAAACAAAUGAACAUUUACAAAACAAAUGAAAAUUUACAAAACUAGAUGGCAAAAAAGUUUGUCAACCGAAAUAUUGUUAAUUAAAACUCAGUGGUGCUUUAUCUUUUAACUGAAAUGAAGAAGUCUUGUCCUAGUUCAUGGAGAAAAACGUAAGCCUCAAGUGACUUUUGGUGUCAUUGUUUUUUUUUCCUGAGGUGCAUGAUUAAUAUGAGUGGGUGCAUUUGAUUUAUGGUAAAUCAUCAUGUUGUAAGAUCUCUUGCAGGCAGCAGUUUUAAAUUCUCUGCCAGAGUUUUUCUGGCUGUGUCUGGUUUCUUCAUUUUCCUUCUGUAAGAACUGCCAUAACUGCUCACUGAGUGAUACAACUAUAGACUUCAGAUACUAAUGUGCCCCACAUUAUAGUGAAAAGCUAUUAACUGCCAACACUAAAAUUUUUGUGGUUUGGAUCAGCCCAAAACUACUUUGUUUUGCUGCUAGUGUGCUGCCAAAGCUUCCAGUAGCUCUUGAGGGGAGGGUUGUUACUGUGUAUGUGUGUAUGAAUUGUAAGGUGUUUGUCUGAAAAGAUAGUCACCUGUUUUUAAAUAUUCAAGGGACUAAUUAAUAAAUGAUCAAUAAUAUUUCUAUAGUUGAAACUGGUAGGAUGGUUGUUCCUUAUAUAGGAAGUCAAAAUUCAGUAGUAGAGCACAUGCCUCCCACAUGCAUAAUCUUGGAUCCAUCCCCAGCAUCUCCAGUUUAAAUUGGAUCUCAGGUUGGUGCAGUUGGGAAGGACUUCAGUCUGAGAGCUGCUGCUAGGCAGAGCAAACAAAUACUGGGCUAGAUGGACCAGUGAGCUGACCAUGUAUGUUCAUAUAUGGUCACUUGACCAUGGAAGGCUUGUCCUAGAAGAACAGGCACAUUCUUCCUGACCUCUCAUAGAAACUGAGGGCAGGAAAACACAUUACAAAGAAACUGGGGUUGCUGCAGCCCAAUGUCUAGUUCAUUCCCCCACCUUGUAUAAUGUCUAGUUCAACUUGACCUGUAUGUAGAUGUUUUGGCUUGGUCAACAUGUCACGUAAAACCACAGUUAAAGUUUAAGCUGUGUUUUAACUCUGGGCAGCCUAGGACCUCAAUACAUACUGCCCAGACUUGCGCCCUGGGAGGGUCACAGUUUUCCCCUGAUUUCCCAUUUCCUUCCAGGCAUACGGUUCCCACAGCUGUAUGGAAAGAUGCUCAAGGCAAGGACCAACUGUGGUAUGAGGAUGCUUUGGGUUCCAGCCACCCUGUGAUCCUUUACUUACAUGGAAAUGCAGGGACUAGGUAAGAGAGAGAUAAAUGAAGGGGUGAGAAGGAGGAUAACCUGUUGUUUCUUUUGGUUUAGAUUGGGUGAGGGCCAGCCAUGUCACUGGGCAGGGCAAGGCAAGCUCACCUUUGACCUGCAGUUCCUUACAGCACAAUCUUAUACAUUUCUACUGAGAUGUUCUGUUUAAUUCAGUGGGGCUUAUUCUCAGUUAACUGGGUAUAGGAUUGCAGUUUUUGCAUGCGUUUAACUAUUCCAUUCAGCUUCAAUGUGCUAAUUUGACUGAACCAUGCUCAACUAGCUAGUCUUUAAAAGAAAAAGGUCCUCCUAGUUGUAUUGAAAGAUCAGGGAAAUAAUGUACCAGAACCAUAUGUCUUGGGGCUUUAAAACUAAUGUGUGAUUUUCCAAAUUCUUUUAAUAGAGGAGGGGAUCACCGUGUGGAACUUUACAAGGUGAGAAAAGCAGUAAUAUUAGUCAAAUGACCUGAAUACUACUAUAUGCAAUUCUGUUAAUAGCUUAGCUAUCUAAGCUUGCUUCCAGAGGAGUUUCUCUUUAUCUUCUAUAGUUUUUGUGAGGAACAGCCAUAAAGUGCUAGCGCUGUAAUAGUAAUCAACUCCUAACUAUGCAUCUUUAGACACUACCUCAGGCUGCUUAUGUGCUUUACAGAAUCUCAAGUGGUAAAACCUGUUCUGGAAUGGUUUUGUUUGCGUGUUCUCUACCCUUGUAAAAAAAUAUUUUUUUGCAUGGAAAUAUGUAGUACUGGGGAGAAGAAUUAUGUUAACAGGAAAGUAUGUAUCAAUUUAUUGUCCUUUUAAAAUACUUCAUAAUUUUAAUUGUGACUGUUUGCCUUCUGUUAUAGGUUUUGAGUUCUCUUGGUUACCAUGUGGUCACGUUUGAUUAUCGAGGUGAGAUUCUUACUCUUUUGUCCUGAGCUGGCAUCUGUUACUCAUGCUAACAAAUUGUAACUACUAUCCUAUUGACUGAUGAAUAAAAGUCUAUUUCAUAAACUCUUUGAAAAUCCAGAUGACAUGUUAUUACUUUUCUAGGGGCUGUAUCCUUGCUUACUACACUCACCAAAUGAUUCCUGCAGUCUGCUCUGUAUGUGGGGCUUCCCUUGCACUUGAUCAAGCAGCUGCCGCUAGUGCAGAAUGUUGAAGCAUGCUUGCUUGUAAGCAAAUAACAUCUGUGCUCAGAGAUCUGCACUGGUUGCUGAUUUGCAACUGGGCCAUGUCCAGGGUGUUACUAUUAGCAUUUAAAGCCCUUAACAACUUGGGACCAGUUUACAUGCGAGAUUGGCCUGCCUCAUAUAUGCCGACUUGAUAGUUUUGAUCUGUAGAGCUGGCACUGUUACAGGUGCUGCAGAACAGCCUUUUUGCAUUUGUAAGAGACUGAUACCUUGGUGUGACAGUGCCUGCACUUUGGAAACUGCCACACACAACUUCCCCUGCUUUUUCUUCUGCAGUGUUGGGCUGAGCCAUGGUUUGGUGUAGCAUGUUGUCUGAACCAUAUUUUAGCUCUCUCCAGACAAACAGUGAGCUGUAAACUAUGGCACAGACUUUGAUUAUAGCUUGUCAUUUGUUGAAAGGCAGCGGAACCACAAGCCCAGGUUCAGAUGACAUGCAAUGCCAAACCAUGACUUAGUUCAGCACAGCAGCAGAAUGACUGAGGAGGAAAGCAGCCAUGACUGGGAAGCCUGUAUCUUUGCCCCAAGCCAUAUUUUGGCUUAAUCUUAGAGCGAGGUUCACCUCUUAAGAUAGGCUUUCGAUUUAUUUUCACCCUGCCUUUUUAAACAAUAGAACCGCAACUAGAACUUUAAAAAUGCAAAAGAAGUCCUAAAACACUACUUGUACAGAACCUGUGGCACUCAGUCGCUUUAAAGAUAAAACCUCAUCACUUCCUAAAACAACCAAUAAUAAUAAUUUCCUAAAGACCUGCUUGAUUAGAUUAGACUCUUGCUGAGAACGAUGUUCCACAGAGAUGAUCCCGUGACUCUGAAAGGCCCUGUGUCCUAAUGGCUUUUAUUGAGGGAACAUGGAACGAGGUUUUGUUAGAGAACAUAAUGUGACAGCUGUUGCAGAUAGAAGAGAAGCUGCACAAAGCUCACUGCUCUGCCCUGCAGCCAUUCAGUGCUGGGUGUGACUGAACUCUUUCUCAGCAGGCAGGUGUUCUUCUGUUUCCUCUCCCUUCCCUAGCCGAUAGACUUGGAUAAGAAGGGCAAAGUUUAAAAAUACUACUUUUUUCAAACUAGUUCCAUGCGCAUUUAAGCAGUGUUAGGUGGAAAUCUCUGGAAAGCAAUGACAAGUCUGAUAGAGUAAGAAAGUAGAAUGGACUGUACUUCUUCAGAAUAUUGGGGGGGAGGGGCUCAUAUUUUUGAACAUUUGCGUUGUUAAAACUCAUGCAAAGCAGGACAACAGACAAAAGGCUGGGUCAGAGUCUUCCUUUCUGAUGAUCUAGUGUUCUGUUUGAAGAGAGUUCAUCUAUUCACAAAUGGCAUUUCCCACGUACAGUCUGAAUUGGUACCAUUCAUUUUACAGUAUUAUUCAACCCCCACAGUUGAACUCUUGGAGGGUUUGCCUUGGAAUAUUUCAGGCUAUAAUAGAACCAGACUGAGUAAAAAGAUUCUUGGACUUUAGUUUUGGUAUUCUGCCAGUUCAAUUUUUCUUCAGUGGGUAUCUCAGCUAGGUCCAGGGUGUUAAAAGACAAUUAAGAACUGACAUUUUAAGUUGCAGUGCCCUGGGCCACUCGGUUUAUUUGGCCUUAAUUCAGACAUGAAACCAGAACACUUUAUUUUGAUUGGCUUGAAACAUGAUUCCUGGAAUAAAGUAGCUUUUCUCUUUGUAGGCUGGGGAGACUCGAUAGGCACUCCCUCAGAGAGUGGAAUGACCUAUGAUGCUCUUCAUGUUUUUGACUGGAUAAAAGCAAGAAGUGGAGACAAUCCAGUGUAUAUAUGGGGACACUCCUUGGGCACUGGGUAAGGCCAGAUUGCACAAAGCAAUCGUUUAAUAUAUGAGGCUGUGUUAUUACAACACAUUGCAUUUGAGACAACAAUUCGAUGCUAAAUACAGUAAUUGCAGUCUGAAGUACUUUCUGUUGGAUUAGCAGUGAAUUAAAAUUAAUUGUUGUGGUUUGAUUUUUGUGUUUACUCUUUGAACAAAUAGUGAAUCAUAGUAUGGAUUAUAUUGCGUAGAUAAUGGAAUUCAAGAGAAUAUGAAUUGAAAAUAAGAUAGAAGGAACCUACGAUAUAAGGAACCUAUUGGAGCAGCAUCUCCAGUGAAAUUAUAAUGGAGAUGUGUCAACCUAAACUCCCUUCUUUAUUUGUUCCUUUUAUUGGGACAUGUCUACAGUGCCAAUUUAUUCCCAUUUCAAAUCUGCAUUAUUACGACUGCCAGCCAGCCAGUGAACUCUGAAAACUGGAUACCCAUAGUGUCUCACAGUGAAGAAAUCUUGAUGAUAUCACAGAACUAAAGAUGCGCCUAUAGGCAUUUCAAAAGGCUGAGCAGCACUUGGUAGUGAGAUUACAAUCUUAUGCAUAGAUGGGGGUAAACCCUGCUGGACAAAGUAGGACUUACUUUUCAGUAAACAUGGGUGUGAUUGGGUUGUAAGGAAGAUGAUAGAAUUUUCUGUAAUUGGUAUCUUUAAUUGUAGAUUUUAUUUUUGUAGAGUUGCAACCAAUCUUGUAAGGCGUCUUUGUGAGCGAGGUAAGAGAGCUAUAUUUUGGUGAUGUUAUCAAAAACCAUUUCAUAUCAUCCCAACUUCCUGCUGUCUUUCAAAAUAGAUUAAAAGGGUUACUGUGAUUGUGUUUAGUAGUAAUGAUUUUUUGAGCUUUAAAAACCUUUAUGGGAGUUUUAAAAUAGAUGCAGGUGAACUUUUAUUAUCAUUUUUAAAGGCUAUAGGAUUUAUAUGGUCUUGGUGCAUCUGCCUGUCACUUUUCAGCAAAAGUAGGACUGAGAGCUUAAGCCAUAUAUACAUCUACAUGUUUAAUUUUAGUCUGUGGCAUUCCAUGUUGCAGAGAUUCUAGUUGCCAUCAAAGCUUAGGGCACAUAUUAGUAGAAAUGCUCUGUUUCACAACUUUCUGUUAGUCUCAAAGCCUUUGAUUUCAAUUGAGUCUGCUGACCUUUUAAAAAUGUAAUCAGUUGGUGCCCUUUCAGGCAGAGGGGUGAGGAAAUUGAGAAUAUUGUCUCGUUUCUGAUCAGGUGAACAUGUUCUUGAAUUGCAGCUCAUGUUUCAUUCAGGCUCUGGAUUCAUAUUCUGCUGUAUCAUUCAAACACCCUUUCAUUUAAGUGCAUUAUACCAAACAUUUGCUUUGCAGCUUCCAUAUCUUGCAGUGGGCAUAGCACAGAGAUUUAUUUAUUACAUUUAUAUUCCACCUUUCCUCCAAGGAGCUUAAGUUGGUGUAAAGAGGUCUCCCCCUCUCCAUUUUAUUCUAACAACCACCCUGUGAGACUAGUGACUAGCCUAAGGUCACAUAGUAAGCAUCAGAAUUUGAACCCUAGUCUCCCACACCCUAGCCUAGCAAUGCUAAUCACCAGUGACCCUCAUUAGUGUCUUAAAUGGACAGCACUGAAGUUCUGUUAUUUGUUUUUCAGAAACGCCCCCUGAUGCCCUGAUAUUAGAGUCACCUUUUACGAACAUACGUGAAGAAGCAAAAAGCCAUCCUUUUUCAGUGGCAAGUACAGAUUUAUAUGCUGGAUUUCUCAUCUUUUCAUGUGUGAUCUGGCAUCUGUUCACUUGAGAAUUCUAAUCGUACCUGAAGUCUGUUGGCUCAUGAGCUAGCUAGCCUUUGAAAAUUGAGUAUUGUCUUUUCCAUGUUCUGGAAAUGUUUUUUCUUCUGCAAGAGCUUUGCCAAUCCACAGAGGUACAAAAAAAUUCCAUGUCAGAAGCACACUCUGCAAAUGCAUUCCUAAUACAUUCCUAAUAGUACAGUAAAUUGAAGCUUUGACUCUGAUGUUAUUAAGAGAUAGUGUAGAAAUUAAAGGUAAUAUGCAUCAGCACUCAGAAGAUGGGGUAUUGCACUUCCCGGUUUUUCAUACUGACUCGCAAAGCUGGGAUAAUCUAUCAAGGAGCUCUAAAUUCAUCUUGUAUGCCUGCAACUGGGUCUUAUAAACCAUCAUUGUUUUGAGGUUACUCUGAAAUGUAAACGGGUGUAAGCUACACCCUCCAGGUAUAUAUAUCUUCUAAAGAAGGCCUUGCUGAGCCUAUGAAGAGCCAUACAUCCUGGGAACGCCUGGUGCCAUUUGCACUAAUAUCCCUGAGAGGAGUAAUUGUUGGUGCUUCACUUGUUGGCUGGGGAAAGUGUAAGCUGCUUGCUGAAGUCUUCCUUUCUAAUAUGUGAGUGUUUUCCACUAACGAGGGAGGAGUGAAAAGGAGAGUCCUCCUAGCAUAGUGUGUCAAAUAUUAGAACUAGAUUGAAAAGCUAGGAUUGGAGAAGAAACCUUCAUCCUCCCCAAUUACUCUGACCCAUUUUUUUUUUUAAAAAAAAUUGGCUGUUUAGCUUGAUGCAGCUCUUCUGUCCUCAUCAAAAUACUCCUCAACAGGAAAUGAUCACCAGGGAAUGAGGUGGCAUCAGUCCUUCUCUUGAAAGGAAGAAUUGAAGUCCGCUUUCCUAUUUGCUUCCCACUUCUUCAUUGAAGCAACUCCUGAAUUAGCAUCCAAUGGAGAACGGAUAUUCCCUUUUUUUCUAUUAUACGAAUGAGCUGUUCAAGCGCAAAGAGCAGGGUGUAAAUAUGUCUUCUCAAUAAAUUUGGCCCCACCUUCUCCUCCCCGAUAAGAACUGAGCUAAUGUGUGCAAGCUGUUGAUAUUAUGACCAACUUUUCAGUCUAAACCAUUCACAGAAAUAUUAAGUAAUAGAACAGAUUGCACCUUUUUUAAAAGUAAUUUAAUUGAAGAUUUUAAAACCAUCACCUUCUGAUGGUUGCAGCACAACAUUUAAUUUUUAAAAAAUGCUUCCACAGUCUGCAUUGUUCUACCUGUUCCUACCUGUACCUGCAUUGUGACUACCUGUGUGACUAUAGUCAAUUUAGGGUUUGGUAUUUUUUUAAUUGUUCAGAAAUAGCCAAAAUCUUCUAAAGAAACUUCAAUACUCUUAUCACUCACAUACUUGUGAACUUUUUUUUUUUCAGAUUUAUAGAUAUUUCCCAGGAUUUGAUUGGUUCUUCCUUGAUCCCAUCACAUCGAGUGGAAUUAAGUUUGCAAAUGAUGAGAAGUAAGUAAAUCUCUUGAAUGUUCUUUGUCUUUGUCUUUCUGACUGAGGCUUUUCCUGAUAGGUUUCUAAAUCCUGAGAAUCAGAAGCUGCUGUCUCAUCCCUGAAGGCUUAGUCCAUUUCAACCAGCUUCUCUAGGUCAGCUACCUUGGUUUCAAGGGAUCAAAUUGUGCAACUUAGUGCCAGGAGCUAAUUUCACCAAGUACACCCAUAACUUCUGCCUAGUAGGCAUGUGACAAUCUCAAGCUCACUGGAUAGCUUCUACAGUCCAGCUGUUUUGCUGCCUUCAUUACAGAAAUUUUUGUUUAUAGAACUUGUUGACUUAGAAAGUUGGGAUCUAUAAGGCCUACUUCAUUUUUAACCAGAAAUAUUUUUUUUAUUUUAAAUAAAACUUCUUGUUCUGCGUUACACAGACUUAAGCUGUAGAUAUUCUGAGUUGGUGGACUUCUAAAAAUUCAUAUUAAUGUUGUGGGUUUUUUUACAGCGUGAAGCAUAUUUCUUGCUCUCUGCUAAUUCUUCAUGCUGAAGAUGAUCCUGUAGUACCAUUUCAUCUUGGAAAAAAGGUGUGUUUCCUUACCUUAAGCUCCCCCCCCCCCCCAAUCUCUGCUCAUAAAUAUCCUGAAUGAAUUAGAACUGGGAGAGCAACCUCAAAGUGCCGAGUGGCUAGAGGAGAAACUACAAAUGGCAUGUUCGAGAUGGCUUGGUUUCAGUUUAUCUAUUUUAUUAACUCCCAAACAGAAGGACUCAAAUCGCCUGUUUCUCCCAACUUCAGUGAAGUUUGUUGGCCUGAUAAUGAAACAAGUGUUUCUAUCAGUACAUGUUUAUAUGACCAAAAAUAUACUUUCUGUUGUCCAUAUGGUUUGUAACAGAUUCUCUGUUUUGUUUCUAGAAAACAAUAAAAACUCUUACAAAAAACCUGGAGAGCUCUUCGGUGUACAGUAGAGAGGGCCAUGUUUAAUUCCAGGUUCCAUGGACCAAACUAACACUAAACCCUGUGACUGGUUUCGAUAAAAACAGCUUUGGAUGGAAGCUAUUUUCAUAGUGCCUAACAUUUUCCUUGCCUGCUGCUUUUACACUGCAGCUCCCUUUCGGCAAGCUACUGGCAAAACUGCUUUUCCCUUCAAGGAGUAGCAGCCUUUAUGGUUCUGUUCUAUACACAUUUGCAUGGAAUGUGUAAUUCAGCCCUGGGCCAGGGCCUGGGCUAACCAGAACAGAACUGUGGGCAGAAUCUGGCUUUGUAUGAACCUCCUUUUUAUUUCCUUUCCUGUGCUUUCCUUUGCCACAAUCCAGAACAGUCCAUCAUUUAGCUGCCCUGUAUUGGCAAAAGAUUAUAAUAUUGGCAAAAGAUUAUAAAGGUAAUUUCUGGAUUAUUUCAAAUAAACAUAGAAGUUAAUAGGGAUUUGUUAUUUUCGGGAAUACUGGGAAAUAACAAAGUAAAGAGUAAUAAGCAAGAGUUGUACAAGAUUAUGAUUCUACCUGGAAUGGCAGUUAUUGCUUUGGGAUGGAAAGAAAAGGCCAAAUGGAAUAUGGAAAAAUGGAAUGAUUAUGUUUUUGAAUACGUACAAUCAGAAAUAUUCACACAGAUAGUGGCAGAGGAUAGGUGGGAAAAUAAAUGCCAAAGAAUCACAAAUAAAUGGGCAUUUUACAGGAAUUGGAUAGAAAGAGGGGAAGCCAACCCUAACAUACAAGCUCAAAUGAACAGACUGUGUACAUGGAUAAAGAUAUGAAGAAGGAAGGCCUGACUGGGGUGGGGGGAGGGCUGGAGUGGGGAGGGAGGGAAAGGAAAAAAAAGUAAACCGGAUGGUAUUUUGAAUUGAUUUUGUUAUGUAAGCCUUUUUUUCAGAAACCAUAUAUAUUAAUGUUAUGUAGUUAGGCAUUGAAGUAUGAAUGAAUUUUGUUCUGUAUUCUUUGUUUUAUAGAAUAUAUAUAAUAAUUUUAUGUUACUAAGCAAAUUUAAUAAAACAGAAAAAAAGAAAGAAAAAACAAACAAACAAACAAAAGUUAGCUGCCGUGAAGCAAAUUUUGUUUCUCUGUAUGGUGCUCACAGGGCUCCGCACAGAUGGCUCCUAAAGUUGCUGGGAAUAGUUGGCUCCUAAGAGGUGGCAGCGAAAGGGAGGUGCCAAAAAUAAUGCUGCAUAUGCAGGACUGCAACUUUUGUACUCUGCACUAAUUAAUCUUGAGUAAUUUCUGCUGCCCAGUUUGUGCUUCAGUCUUGAGGGGGUGGCAGCUAUCCCAUGUCUAGGGUGAGAAGCUCUUAAGCCAGCUGUCUGAGGACUCGGACUUCAUGGAAAUCACCUCUUUAUCUGACAGACAAGGACAUUAUCACUUCAGGAACAGUGUGAUGCAAAACAAAAAUAGGAUGAGUUUGGAACUAGGUUUUGCUGGCACAAAUUGCUGCAGCUGGACUCUUGAUGGGGACAAACUAUCACCAGGACUAACUCUGGUACUUAAAAGCUGCCCAGACAAGGUUCCAAGGUUCUUCUAUUAAUUUUACGAAGGUCCUUAUCAGCUUUGGUCCAGGACAAUUUAAGGACUGCCAGAUCCCAUAUCCCAUGUCCCAAUCACAGAGGCUUUGUGAGAGUCUCUGUUGGUAGUCCCCCAUGGCUCAAAUGCAUGACUUGCAACUACUAGAAGCCAUGUUUUUAAUGUAAUGGGACCAAGCCUCAAUAAAAGUUCCUUGUUCCAGCAGCAUUCAGUUUUAUGAUAAAGCAGUUUUAAAGUUUGUUUUUAUGUAUACUGUUCACACAUACAAAUGAUUAAGUGGUACAUAAGCGUCUGACAUAAAUACCUAUCCUUCAAGUGGACUUUCACUUGAGAAUCAGUUUGACUCUCCACAGCAUGUGUCAGAAAAAGAUCAGGCUCCACAGUAAAUUUUGUUUAGAAAAGAUAACAUGGGUUUCCUCCCUUGGAAAACACCUGUUCAAGAGGCCCAUGUUGCAUAUAUUUGUGUACACAAGUCAUGAACAACUGAACUUUGUGCAUGUUCAUUGUUAUACAACAUUGGAAGAGUUUCCAUUGCUGCUUAAAACUCAAAGCUCUUUUAAAAAAGAUUUCUGAGCAACAGAUGUGCAGCUUCACUUAUCACAGAUCCACAUAUCACAAACCUGUGGGUUCUGAUCUCUCCUUCAAUCCAUAAAGUCACAUUUGAAAAGUACUUUGAGACUUUGUCCCUUCAGUGUUCUUGUAACUACCCAGUUUCAAGUAGAACAGAAUGGUCAAAGAGUGAUAUAACCAGCUGACAUGAAGUAAGUAUGAUUGUUUCUUGGGCACAGAAAUUGCCGUGCAGUAACUGGUGCUUAAUUAGCUACAUCAAAUAUAGUUACAGAAAUAGACGUUGUCACUGCUCUGUAUUGAGGGGCUAUCCAUUUCAUUAACUUGCAUUUGUUUUGAAAUGUCUUUGACAGCUAUACAACAUUGCUGCCCCAUCUCGGAGCUUCCGUGAUUACAAAGUACAGUUCGUUCCAUUUCACACAGACCUAGGCUACAGGCAUAAAUACAUCUACAAGAGCCCAGAACUACCUCGAAUAUUGCGGUAAUUAAAAGGGUCACUCAUAAUCUGUGUUCUGCUGUUUGCACAGGCAGAUGCAGUUGAGCUGUACAACAUAAAGGGUGUGUGUGCGUGUGUGUGUGCUUAUUCUGGAAUAAUUUCCUUUGUUUUCCACUUUACCCCAGAGGUUUAUUGUAGGACCCAAGCACAAAAGCACAUCAUUGCUAGUAACUGCUGAUUAAAUUGGCAACAUUUUCCAAAUGACUUGGGUGAGACUGAGAGCCAAAUGAGAUAUGAUUGGUGCAGUCAUGCAUGUUUGCAUGUCUCCUCUUUUUACAAUGCAUUUAAAGCAAGGAAGGAUGGCAGGUUUGGGUUUUGCAUAAAAAUGGGUGUGUGGGUGAGAGUGGCCAAUCCUCUCCCCCCCCCCCCGCCCUCUUGUCUUGCCUCCUUUUGAUCUGUCACUUCACUUGGGGCGCUUCUUUCUCACCCUGGUUCACAUCCAGUAUCUGAGCAGGUAUAGGAGAGGGGAAAGGAAGGAAGCUUGGUAGUAGAGCACAUGCUUUGUAUGAAAAGGUCCAUUGUUGCAGUUAAUUGAUGAAUAGCCUGCUGCAUGUACAUCAGAGUGACUUACAAACAUAUCAUAUAAACAAUCCUUAGUAUCUUAGAAGUAGGGCUGGGAAAGAGCCAAGUCUGAAACUCAGAGUGCUGCGUUCCUAAGGCAGGGCAAGUUUCACUCCCUAUGCAUCCUUUUGACAUUAUAUUCAUACAUCUUCUCUCAUCACCCCUGUCAAAAGCAACACACCCUUUCUUUAAAUGUAUAAGGGGGGUUGACAUGUGAAUAAGCAAAAAAAGGCUGCACCCCAGAACCUCAAGGGCUUUUUUGUGUUAAGAUUUUUAUUAAACUUUUUUGUAAAACAGUUAAGACAUAGAAAACUAAUGUAAAUAAAAACAAAAACAGCUACAAACAUAAUUUCAAGUUUGACAGCUUGGUAAGACUAUGUGUAUGCUUGUGUCCCUUCUUCUGUUUUGCUUGUUUUUUAAAUAUCAUGAUCCCAUCUUUGAAAGAGAGCGAUCGCUCUGCAAUGUAGGGCAUUUAAGGGUAUCUAAGUGGGAAAACUUAAGCUGACCGGAGUUCUGAAAUCUACUGGCCUCAGAAGGGCAGGUGGGAAGAGAAUGGAUGAAGUUGAAGUACCAAAACAACUGACACUGCUGAUACAUAUGUGUGUGGUGUGUAUUUUUCCCUCUUAGGGAAUUCCUGGGGAAAUUGGGACAUGAGCAUCGUCACUGAGGACUAACUGCAUGGUUGACUUAAGUUGUCAUCUACAAGAAAAGGUCUGCCAUUCUUUUAAACCCAGACACUGAAUAAGUCACAGAUUCCUGCUUCAGUCUUAAUGCAUACACUUGGAAACCCAGCCUCUGGGGCGAUAGAGAUACGAAGAAAAGAAUGUAGCUGGCUCGUCUCUCUCCCUCUCCCCGCAAGCCCCUUCUAAAGAACAAGAGAACCAAACAAAUCACAGCAACUAAGUUCAAGCACAAGAAGGACUUGGCAAAAACCUUUCAGAGAUUAUGAACAUUCCUACAAGUGUCUGUUCGGCCGCAACAGCUUUUUAGAACACAAAAAACCCUUGCACUCGGAAACGCAAAUGAACUGCAAUUGUCUUUAAAAAUGUAACUGCUAUAAUAUUUCAGUGCUGCAUCUAGUUUACCUGAGUUGCAGGUUGCUCUUUUAAUAGAAUUUAGUUCAGUGAGGAGUUUCCCCUACCCUUGUCAACUGCAGAGUUGCUGAAUAUGGUUUUUGGUUCUGAAAUUCAUUUGAGAACUUUCAAGAGAUCAGGAUGCUUUCAAGAAAACAUUUCAGAAUGCAAUGAAGGAUGUUUCUCCUUUAAAAUAAGGCAACUAUUUAAUAGUGACUAAGCUUCUCUUUCUCUGUUGCCUUGCUUUGAAGUUUCUUAGUUGUCUCCCACAUAUAGAUAAUAUAUAAAAAUCUUUAUUAUACCUCAUAUACAGACACAUCCUCUUUAAGAUUCUUUCUUCCUCUGACUUUGAGAUUCUUUCUUGUCUCCAAACCAUUUUAUUUAGAUGUACAGGUUCAAUGGGUGAUGUGAGAUGUAUUGAAUACAAAUUGCACCCUCAAACGUUGUUUGAAAGACUCCUUCAGUAAAUAGAAGGUGUCUUUAUACUUUGUCAAGAAUGGGUGGAGAUUUUUUUUUCUGCUGUGAUGAAGAUGUCUUCCAGUCUCCUCUAGAGACAUAUAAGCACUUUGGGGAUGAGAAAAUUGGUAUCAUUUUUCAUAAUCAUGAUCCUUAAUACCCCUACAGCCCUUUCAUUUCCUUAAAAAAAUAAUAAUACUCAGGUACAUUAAAGCUGGUCAAAAGUUUUCUGUGAGAGAAAUUACAUCAAAAUACUUUAACCUGAAGUUCUCAUCUGGUAAAUUAUGUUGGUUUUCAUUGGCAAUAAAACAUUUGCUCUGACUUUCCUUAACAGCAAAAUAUUAGCAAUUAUAUUUGAAAGUCCUAAUUUUUUUCAGACCAAGCAAAGGCAUUGAAAGUGAAAACAAAAUUCUUUUUUUGCAUAACAUAUUUAGUUUGGUAUAUAUAUUUUAAUUAAAAGCUGGAGAUGUAUGAAAACUUCCUGACCAGCCUUGAAUGUUUCCUUCAGUUGGCACAUGCCAGGAACAAAUACUUAUUUUUCAUUUUUUAGCUGUAGCAAAACAAUCCUGGUCUGAAUCGAAAUUUUAGCAGGCAGCACGAUAGUAAAUUAAUAGUAGCAAAUGCUGAAUCUAAAAUUCAUAUUUCUUUCCCUUAUUGGCCUUGGCCUUAUAUACCUCAUGAUGAUUCGGUCUCAUUAUGGCUGCUGGAGUCCAUUUUUGAUGCGUAAAAAAUUGACACAUUUAGCCAUUAUGUUGUUGAAUUUACAGAUUAUUAUUUUUUUUAAAAAUGCAUUAAUCCAUCCAUAUUGAGAAGACGACAGUAAAGACCACUUUAGUAACCUUUUGGAGGUGUUUGAAGGAGAUGCUACAUAGUGCAAUACUGGACCUUAAGAGUCCUGAUGGCUUGCAGUUCACCAUGGCUCUUAACUGAAAACUGCCAUUCCUCCCCAUCUCACUCAUGUCAGGGCUUCUGCUUAAACCAGACGUGAGUUCAGCAUGCUCUUCUUCAGGAUUCUCAGUCCACCAUUCAUGCAGGCAUGGCAUGGCAGACAAUUUGAGACAUUGUGAGUAGGAAUCAAAGGGCCAUGGGCAGUUUAGCUGUUGGGUCCUAGCAGACUGAUUUACAGUAGCUCCAGGUUUUGUGUCAUUGGCCCUGAACUGUUUCAUUCCACAAACAUACAAGCAUUUGGCAUAGUAGUCUUAGAUAUUAGUGUUCAGAAGUGAAUUAUUCAGCCUGAAGUGUAUUAGAGAGCAGUGUUUGCUAAUAUUGUCUGUAUAUGGAAUACUCUGGUUUUGCAUGCAUCAAAGAGUUGUAUUUUAGAGAUUAUCAUACUUCCAAAGCAGACAGUAGCUUGUUCUUUGCAGUGAGACUUUCUGCUGUAGUGAGAUCUACCAAGAUUUUGAUUCACCAUAACCUCUGAGCAAAUUGUGCCACAUAUACAAUCCCAUCUCUUCCCUCCUACAUUCCAUGUGCUUUGGUUUACUACACUAACAAGGACAGAAACACUUAACUUUGCCUUUCUUGUCGAAGCAAACAGAAUGUUCCAUGUAAUGCCGCUGCUGCUAUCGCCCACCUUAGUGUCGGUAAAAGUACAAACCAAUGUGGAAAUGUCACCUCCUCCCAUGCAACAAAAAUUAGAUUCCAGCGCAUGUAUCAGUGCUGUUUAUCCCGAGACAUAUGUUCCAAUUAUUAGGCCAGUGAUACACAUUGAAAUGGAAAUGUUUAUCUAAAAAGUGUGUAGUUUUAAUAAAACAAAUUACUUAAGAA